CUGGGAGCGAAUGAGAGCUUUCUGUGGAGGUGGAAAGAAAGAUGCUUUUUCUGAGGCACCCGUGUACAAUGAACCUGGAGUGCAGUGCGCGAGGAGAACAUCCUCCUCUUCAAGGCUCAGACAUGGAGGCUCGUGCUGGCGGAAAGAUGGGGAAGAUAUCAGUGGGCUUCCAGAGGAGCUCCACCUCAGAUGACGACUCUGGCUGUGCAUUGGAGGAGUACACAUGGGUGCCACAGGGACUCAGGCCUGAGCAGGUCCAGAUGUACUUCUCCUGUCUACCAGAGGACAAGGUGCCAUAUGUCAAUAGCCCCGGGGAGAAGCACAGGAUCCAACAGCUCCUCUACCAGCUGCCGCCACAUGACAAUGAGGUGCGUUAUUGCCACACUCUCACUGAGGAGGAGAAAAGGGAGCUGCAUAUAUUCAGUGCCCAGAGGAAGAGGGAGGCAUUGGGGAGAGGAACACCAAAAAUCCUGCCCCAAGCUUUGCAGCAUACCCGCUGUGAAAAUUGUGGAGGAGGCAUCAAUGGAGGGGAGAUGGCAAUUUUUGCCUCCAGAGCAGGGCCAAGCCCCUGCUGGCACCCAGCAUGCUUUGUGUGUGCCACGUGUCAAGAACUGCUGGUGGAUCUGAUAUAUUUCUACCAAAAUGGCAAGAUCCUCUGUGGAAGACACCAUGCUGAGCUUCUCAAACCACGAUGCUCCUCUUGUGAUGAGAUCAUCUUUGCAGAUGAAUGCACUGAAGCAGAGGGUCGCCAUUGGCACAUGAAGCACUUUGCUUGCUUUGAGUGCGAGACUAUGCUAGGUGGACAGCGCUACAUCAUGAAAGAUGGCCAGGCUUACUGCUGUGGCUGCUUUGAGACACUGUAUGCAGAGUAUUGUGAGGCCUGUGGUGAAAACAUUGGUGUUGACCAUGCCCAGAUGACCUUUGAAGGUGUACACUGGCAUGCCACAGACCAGUGCUUCUCUUGUGCCCAGUGCAAGACAUCCUUGCUGGGCUGUCCCUUGCUGCCAAAGCAGGGUCGCAUUUAUUGCUCAAAGGCCUGCAGCCAGGGAGAAGACAUUCAUGCCUCUGACUCAUCUGACUCUGCCUUCCAGUCAGCCCGCUCACGUGAAUCACGGCGCAGUGUCCGCAUGGGGAAGAGCAGCAGUCCCCCUGCCACUGUCCCCUCAUUUGAGCACAAGUUUGGGGAUGGAGAGCGUGAUGGAGAUACAGAUGGUGAUAUUGAUGUUGUAGGGCAAAAACUGUCUUGUCUUGGCCUGGAGGAGGAAAGAUUCUGGAGGGAUCGGGAGGAGCAGGAUGCUGGGGGAGAGGAGGAUCCACAAGAGUGGGCCCAGCAUGAGGACUAUAUGACUCAGCUUCUGCUCAAGUUCGGUGACUGUGGGAUGUUACGGCAACUUCAGCAGCCAUCCUUAAAAUCUCCCACCCCUAACAGUGACAGAAACAAGCUAAUAAGUAUCUCUGACCCUUGGCUAAAACCUGACACCACAACCACAAGAGUUACUGCCUCCCCUCUCACCCCUGCCAGCUCCACCCCAAGCCAGACUUCCAGUCAAUCCCGAGCCAACAGCCCUGGACUGAUGAGCAAGAAGGACCUGCCUAAAUUGUACUGGGCCCAGUCACAGGAUGGGCUGGGAGACUCUGCCUAUGGGAGUCAUCCAGGCCCUGCAAGUACCAGAAAGAUCCAAGAGCUGGAGUUGGAGCAGGAUCAUGACCAACCUAGCACAGCAAGGCAGGCUUUGUGGCUGGACACCAGACAGUGGUAUGAAGACUCUCUAGAGUGUAUUGCAGAUGAGGUGAGGAAAGCUGAGCAAGGUGUUGGAGACUCCAUGGACUCUCUUGCACUCUCAAACAUCACUGGUGCAUCAGUGGAUGGUGAUGGCACAGACAGACCUAUAGUCUACACUUUUGCCAUGCAGAAUCCCUUGGUGGCAGAUGACUGUGAGAAGAUGAGUAAUAUGGGAACCUUUAAUUCCUCUCAUCUUCACCACAGUAACAACUCUUUGAACCUUAACAUGGAGAAGGAAUAUGAGGAGGCAGUUUUGGCAACAAGGGGAGGCACACCAGGAAGACUACUUUCAUUGUCCCCACAUUCGGAAGGUCUCCCUCCCUCCUUUGUCCAUGCCCCAGCUCUGAGGAGGAGCAAGUCCCAAUCCAGGCCUCCUCAGAUGGUAAAGUUCUCAGAAGACACUGUGGACAAUGGAUAUAAUGAUGGGUUUGGUGUCAAUAUCAGAAAGCAUCCUAUGAGUGAGAAGCCACAGCGGAGGGCAUACUGCCCAGAUAUAAGCAAAGAAAAAAGCCGCCCAACGAGCCACCAUGGGCAAAACAGGCAUCAUAACCACCGGCAAGGCCAGCAUCACAGGAGCCGCAAAACCCGCUCAGACAACGCACUUCACAUGGUGCCUUCAGAGAAAGCAGAGAGGCUGUAUAAGCCCCAGCAGCAGGUUCCAGUAAACCCUCCAUGUGGUGCCAUGCUCUUACAGCAUCCCUUACAUAGACUGCCCGUGGCCUACUCCCAAACCCGACCUGACUAUAUGCUUCGGGACUUAAGGCAAGGAGAUCCACAAGCUAAGCAUUUCACGGGCCUCUACAGAGAUGAAGAAGAUUGGUGCUCUACUUGCUCUUCCUCAUCAUCAGACUCUGAGGAGGAGGGCUACUUCCUGGGCCAGCCAAUCCCUCAGCCUCGAGUUGCUGGGCGCUACUACGCUGAGGACUACCCAACUAGGGUUACAGCCCUUUCUUCCCAGAGUCAUGGCUCACAGACUGGUCGUAAAAAGAGCCACCACUCUAAAAACUGUAUCAUCUCUUAACAGUUCAGAGUGUAUUUGCAUUAUAAUCUUCACUACACUAAGCAAUACUCACAUUUUCUGAUUAUAUGAUGGUUUACACAGAUCAAAACUGCCAAUAGGGAAGCAGUUUAAAACUUUGCAUGUGCAAACUGUUCAUUAUGCCCUAAUAUAAGGCAGAUGGCCAACAGUCAAAAUACAUAUCAUAUUUUAGGGUCAGAAAUAUACUGAUAGAAAAAAAAUUUAAUUAAAACCUGAGAGCAAAGACUGGAUCUGUGCAACAUACAGUGAGAAAAUCGGUUUUCUGUGCAUAAGCAAAUUUGACCUAGAUACUAGUUCAGUUUUAUCACCAAUACAGUGUUUGGACCAGUAAAUUUGGAAGCCAUUCUCUAGACAGUCAUUACAAAAUCAUGCAGUUUGUAUGAACAGCGGACAAACCUUUUCCUUCUAUUUCAGCAUCUCCCAUUAAGUUUUUAAAAUGUUCAAUGUUUGGCAGCAAUAUCUUUGUGUGCAUUAAAAUGGCAACACUAUUGUACACAGAGGUUGAAAGUUAAAGUAGAAAAUAGGUACUACCCAAAUACUUAUUUAAUGCAUAAUACAAAAUGAUAAUGUAUAUACUAAGUUAAGAUUUUAAUACUGGUAUUUUUGUAUCCAUGGUUUUAAGAAGUUUCUUUUCAAGUGUGUGAUAUAAAAAAACAGUUGUAAUGAUAAACAGACCUUGCUAAUAUUUUAUAAGAAACAACAAAGAAGGUGCCACUUCAUAAACUAUGUUCUUCGCAGUAAAGUGCCACAUUAAUCUGUAACAAUGUCUAUAACAUAUAUUCCAUAAUGGUAAUUAUUGGUGCACAAACGACAGUGACAUUUGCAUUUUCCAUAUUCAGCACAUCUGUUCACGACCUUUGCUCUACCAUAAUCAAAUAAAUGCUUUGUGAUGUAAAGAUGCUUGUAAUAAAUGUAUUUUCUUCCAAGCUUUAAAAAAAGAUUGUUCUGUUCCUGGGUUGCGACAUUAUUUCAUGAUCAAAAAACAGUUUGUAACACUGACUGCAGCAGUGUUUCACAAUGAGAUGCAAAGACUUUAUGGCAUUUUUCUUUUAAAAAUCAAAAACUGCUAAAACUUUACUUUGCCAAUAUAUACACCUUAAAGCUGCUUUGUAUUUAUACAAAAUCCUUAUGAAGACUGGAUGCACCUAAAUUUUAAAGUAAGGCACGUUGAUUGUAGUUGAGAAACAACAUACUAAAAUACAUGCAUGUCUGACUAAUACAUGCACUGCC